AUGUCGCUGGGCACCGGGGACCCGGCUUCGGAGACGGGAGAUGACAGUCUGUCUGCGAUUACCUUUGACUCCGACUUUGAGACGAAAACAAAGAAGAAAAGUUCCCACAAGCCUCCACCCCCAUCACCAAAGUCGCCGUACCGCUGCACGCCGAGGGCAGCGACGUCCUGGAGGUCCCUGCGGCCAGCAGCGAGCACGCGUCUGGGAAACAGAAUGUCCUUGACCCCGCAGAAGCUGUGGCCGGGAAGUUCAAAGCCAGGAAGUGUGACCCAGCCCCCGAAGUCAGGCCUCGCCUGGGAGCACGCCUGGACCCACCCCCCCGGCAGCACCCCCGACUCUCUGACGGAGGCGCUGAGAGUGAAGAGGUCAGCCCUCAGGCGUUCUGCCAGCAACGGUCACGUCCCGGCGACGCCUGUCUACAGAGAGAAGGAAGACAUGUAUGACGAGAUCAUGGACUUGAAGAAGUCCUUGCACGUGCAGAAGAGCGACGCGGACCUGCUGAGGACGAAGCUGCGGCGCCUGGAGGAGGAGAACAGCAGGAAGGACCGGCAGAUAGAGCAGCUCCUGGACCCGUCCCGAGGCCUGGAUUCUGUUUGGACUCUGGGAGAGAAGAGGCCCGACACCGGCUGGGUGGUGAACGGGCUGAAGCAGAGGGUCCUGCGGCUGGAGCAGCAGUGCAAGGACAAGGACAGCACCAUCAGCAAGCUGCAGGCUGACUUGAAGACCACGAGCUUGGAGGAGAUGAGGGUUGUCAUGGAGACCUACUACGAGGAGAUCCAUCGUCUCCAGGCGCUGCUGGCGAGCUCAGAAACUUCUGGAAAGAAGCCGCCAGCGGAGAGGAAGGCGGGGCUCAGGAGGCAGAAGCGGCUGAGCAGCACCCUCCUGAGCUUGUCGCGGAGUGUGCAGGAGCUCACGGAGGAGAACCAGAGCCUGAAGGAGGACCUGGACCGCGUGCUGAGCAGCUCGCCCACCGUCUCCCGGACGAAGGGGUACGCGGAGUGGAGCAGGCCCCGGCUGCUGCGGCGGAUCGCGGAGCUGGAGAAGAAGGUGAACUCGAUGGAAAGCCCAAAGCCACAGGCUUCAGAAGUGGCCAAGUCAGGCCCCCUGGCGUUCUCCGCAUCCGGCUCCUGGGUGCACAGGCCCCCAUCCGACGGGCACCGCGAGGACAGCGAGCGUCUCCGGGAGGCCGUGAGGAGCCUGGAUGGCGAGCGGGAGGCCCUGCAGGCCCGGCUGCAGGAGAGAGAGUUGGAAGUGGCACAGCUGCUCCAGACCAAGGCCGACUUGCAGAAGGAGCUGGAAGGCACGCGAGAGGGAGAGGAGGAGAGGCGGGCGAGAGAGGAGGCUUUGAGGGAGGAGAUCCAAGCGCUGACCAAGAAGUUCCAAGACCUGGCAGCAACCAGGAAGGAAGAAGACCCCCCAGAAGUGACCCCCGAGGCCUGGGAGGAGCCCCGGCCUUCCUGCCCUGCCACAGCCAGCAGCCCCCCUCAGCACGGGCCGGAGCCGGAGCCCGAGGCCAGCGAGGCCAGCCGGCCCCAGCCGCCCCGCAGCUGCUCCGAGGAGCAGAGGCUCACGGCCGCCAGGACCCUGCAGGCCCGGUGGAAGGCGCGCAGACGCCAGAAAAGAAAGGCUGUGCUGGAUGAGGCGGCCACCGUGCUUCAGGCGGCUCUCAGAGGGCACCUGGCGAGGGCGAGGCUGUUGGUGCGCGGAGCACGUGGCUCAGGACCUCCCAGCGUGCCCGGCCUGCCCGGCCUCCCCAACCAGGCCUCUCCCCCACCCUGCAUUCCGAGCUCCGCUGUCCAGGCUAAGGGCGACCCCGGACAAGAGGCGGCCGUGGCCAUCAUCCAGUCCGUCCUGCGGGCACACCUGGCACGGGUCAGGCACAGGCCCCGGGCCGUGGGUCUGCAGGGGGCGGCUCAGGUGCGCCAGGAGUCACACGGCCAGAAGCUCCUGAGUGGCCGCGGGGAGACGGCCCAGGGUUCAGACCUGAGCCUGGAGACAGCCGCGCCCCUUCCCUCGCCCUCGGCCUCGCCACCUUGGGAAGACGUCUGCUCUGACGACUCGGACGAGGUGGUCGUGGCUCCGGCUCUGCCCAGGAAGAGGACCACCGCCGCGCCCCCGGCCCCGGGUGCCGCGCCCUCCGAGGAAGGCUGGGUCCAGAGCACAGAGUGCCACUAG